AACCGUCUACCAUCUGAAUGCCGUGACCACGCAGACCCCGGCGACGUUGGCCCCAGUGCAAUUGGUGCAAGCUUUCCGGCCUGUCUGACAGUCCGUUGUUGCGUACGCUCUUCGGCCAUCCACUUCUGUCCAGACCGGUUCCGGCUCCACCGCUUCUCUCCAUCAGUAGCAUUCCUAUUAUCAUCGUGGUUAUCAUUAGGUCAAAUCGUCUCGGUAUCUAGUGCAGGAUUGCAAAGCCUCACUGCCGCCCACCCUCAAAGUCAGCUUAUCCUGUUUCCUCUUCUUCAUGCUGCUUUGUGCGGAUGUCGGCAUGCCAGCUGUAAGCGGACUCUCUCCUCGGGUCUAGAGGACCGAGGCUGGGAUUCACGGUUCUUGUUUCCGGGCGCCAAACGGCCUCCCGUGCAACCUCAUUCACCUGGACUUCCAGCAUCCGCGGGUAGCCCUGAUAGGUUCGUGGUCUCACACCACAUCACUCGAAGUCAUCGCUUAGACUCAGGAGACAAGGGAAGUCCACCUCUUGACCAAAGUUCCCCAAACGAGUGGGGCAUCUACUCACUCCGAAGCCUGAAAUGA